GUGAGUUCUAAUAUAUAUAUACACACAUAAAUAAUAAUACCAACUUGGGUGACUUGCGAUUCCCUCUCGGUUGGCCCAACGGAAGACACAAUCAAGCCUAUCAAACGAUAAUUGCCAUUCUUCCUUCGUCCUCCUCCGCACCCGCACCCUCAGAACUAUGGCGGACUUCGUCGUAGUGUUCGAUGUGGAGAAUAGCGAUGGCGCAGAUUAUACGCAGUUCAUCCAGGGCUUGCGCGACAGGGUGGCCUCUGGGGAUGUCUGCUAUUAUCUCCCAGUUCUUUCUCCUCAACCAUCUACGCCCAAUGCGUGGUUCGACGUCGUCCUGACCGCGGGGGGGCGGUCGGUGACGCUACGGAUCCGGAGGGACAACCUGUACCUGGAUGGCUACCAGCAGGGCACGACGUGGUUCGAGUUCCAGCACAACGGCCCGCUGUACAUCCCCGGGGCCACCGCGCUGCGGUACGACGGCAGCUACACCCGCUUGGAGGGCGUGGCGGGCCAGAGAAGGGAGGCGAUUCCGCUGGGCCAGCAGGCGCUCGUCAACGCUGUGCAUGGGCUCUCGACGGCGGGUAUAAGCGACCAGGCCAGGGCCCGGCAGUUGAUGGUUGUCAUACAGAUGAUAUCGGAGAGUAUGAGGUUUCAAUAUAUCAACCAUCAUCUCGCAACGAAUUGGCAGGCCAGCGCGCAGCCGCCGACCACAUUUUCCAGCCUGGAGAACGCCUGGGGAGGGCUAUCGGAGGCUUUGCUGCACGCCGAACAGAGUGGAUCGGCUCAGUCCUUUCGGUACCGGGUAGACAACGACUUGCAAUUGCACAACGUCGGGGCCGCGGCCGGCGUGCUCGCCAUGUUGGUGCAUCGUAGUCUUCCAGGACCCUCACGCGCCACUCGCGCCAUCGGCGCUCCUUGGUUCAACUACCCUCAGGGCCGAGCUCUGGUCGAAGUCUUCUGGGUGUGCAUCAACGAGAGCGACGGGGAAGACCCGGCAAUCCUCUACGGCACUAUCAAAGCAGCCGAUGGCCCAAGCACCCAGCAUCUAUACAAUCGAGACAGAGACAAUACCGAACAUGUCCCUUUGCGUGGUCAUGCUUUACUCACUGGCCCGCGCGAAGUCAUCUCAGCAGCGGAUAAUUUCACCAUCGAUGUGGCCUUGUGGAAUAGGAACACGUGGCUUUCGGACCACGAAAUCGCUGCUGGCAGCAUAUUUUUUAAUGUUUACGAUCCGAAGAACCAGUACGACCAGGCCAUAACCCACAAGGCUAGCACCGAGUACGGGUCGGCGACGCUAAGCUAUGUCGUGCUGAGCAACGCCGCGCAAGCCCUAGUGACAAUCGUCCUGGUCGACGGGGACGGGGAGGACCCCGCCGACGUCUACGGCACCAUCACCGCCGACAACGGCUACGGCGAGAUCGAGCUGUUUCGGAAGGCGAAGUCCGAGUACGUCGAGGUGGGCCAAGGCCAGAACAUUCCCCUGUUGCGGACCGCGUUGGCCGUGCCCAUGUCCGGCUCCCUCCGGAUCAAGGCGCUGCUUUACGACCACGACCCGAUUAGCCCCGACGACGAGAUCGCGAACGGCGAUGCCGCUCUAGAACCUCUGAUCUUGCAGUCAGGAGUGGGGCACAUUAAGGGACAGUAUGGCAAGAUUGAGGUGAGAGUCGAGUGGAAUUAAUAGGGGCUUGAUCGGAAGACGGCGGCAGCUCGUACCGCAAACAGAGCUGGAGAUAAAGUCAACCAAGGGGGAGGGAUUAGAUGUUGAUGUAGCGGAGGAGGGGACAGCACCCAUGAGCUUUCUAUCCCAGCCGAGGGUAACCCUUUAGCUACCCUUCUGUUUGUUUGUUUGGGGCGCGGAGAGAGACGGUUUCCAAUGCGCCGAGACAGACUGCCUGUUCGGUUUGAUUUUUCGCGUCUUUCGUUAGCUCUUAAGAAGCUAGCAGCCAUCAAUAGUAUAAGCUCGAAGUCUAGGCACACGUUAACACGGGGCAAACUACAGAAGGAUCCCGAAACAAUAUCAUCGAUACCUACGACCUUGACCGACGCCCUGGGCCUGAACUACAGAGUAGGAGGAGCAUGUGAUUGCCUGGGGUGACAUCGUGGCUAUCUUUACUAUGUAAUAGCUAGCUCAUUAAAGCCGUGUCGACGUCCAUCAUUGUUAGGGCUAAGAUUGGACUGGAUCUCAUAAAGACAUAAUAUAUAGCUAUUUAUCUACUCCACCUCCCCCGUACCUCAUAAUCUCAC